GGGAAGAAUUAGAUUACAAGAGAUAGAGAAACGAAUGAGAAGAGAAGAACAACAAUAACCCUCUAACUCUGUUUCAGUUUGAGAUAAGAGAAGAGGUAGAGAGAGAAACAAAGUGUUGUCACAGAACAGAACACAAAACACAGAAACACCACCACCACUCCUCUUUGGCAGAGAAGAAAUCCAAACAAGAUAACACAGUUUCCAUAUUUAACAUCAGAGAAGAAGAAGAUCUGUGAUUUCUCUUUCAUUUCUGUGGUUGUUUGUAGAACCUGAAUCUGUAUCAUUGGGAUUUUUCUUCUUUUGAGGCAUAGAUCUUGAGGUUGGAGCCAAUCCAUUAGACUUUGACAUCCCAAAUUCUCUAUAAUCCUUGUCUGAGUCUUGUUUUUGGACAAUUUCCAUCACAGUUCAGACCCCUGAACUUGAAUCUGUUUACAGUUUCUUCGUUUUUUUUUCCCAAAUAUGGAGAUAGAGGAGAGGAACCAGAGAGCGUGCAAGGCCUCAGAGCCAGAGUUCUUCUUGCAGUGGGGGAACAGGAAGCGCCUGAGAUGUGUGAGGGUGAAAGACCCUCGGAUUUCAACCAGGCUCAACGGUGGUGGUGGAAUCCGAAGGAAGCUUGCUUCUGGAGUGGAUCAUCAUCGUUCUGGUGUUACUGCUUCUGAGAAAGAAACUUCACAUCAUCCUCAUCAACAACCCAAUCGCCUCACAAGAAACUCCGACGGGACUAUUCUCCGGGCGGCGGCCGGAGAGAAUAGGAAGUCAGCGUCGCCGGAGAAGGAAGACCGGUACUACACGACGAGGGGAUCGGCGGAGGAUACCGGCAAGUUCACCGGCGACGUGAACAUUGGAGAGGAAAAAGCCUUUGUUUGGCCAAAGCUUUACAUCACUCUCUCUAGCAAAGAGAAGGAAGAAGAUUUUCUAGCCAUGAAGGGUUGCAAGCUUCCUCAAAGGCCUAAAAAGAGAGCCAAAAUCAUCCAAAGAACACUACUUUUGGUGAGUCCUGGAGCGUGGUUGACUGAUAUGUGUCAAGAGAGAUAUGAAGUUAGGGAGAAGAAAAGUAACAAGAAGAGGCCUAGAGGAUUGAAGGCUAUGGGGAGCAUGGAAAGUGAUUCUGAAUGAUUAUUAUGAUGCAAGCACUUGGAGAUGAUGGUGAUGAUGUGUUUGAGUUGAUUUUUUUGAAUUUUCGUUCACAAUUCUGUUGGGAAAGGCAUGUAUGCCCCUCAUGUUUUUGUAAACGAGUAAGAUCUGAUCCGAUCUAUUCAAUCAAUGAAGAAAAUUAUUUUCUGAUUC